AUGGCGGCGCUGUGGGCUGUGCAUGCUGAGCGGCUGUGAGUGUGUCUGUUCCCGGGGCUCAGCCAGUGACCGCACUCUGCAGGUAGGUACCUCACCUCAGCCCGCCCUAUAGCCGGGUACAGGAGCACCUACCUCCCCGGGCCAUCAUAUCACUGACUGCCCCACCCCCCUGCACUGUAUGCAGCAUUCAUAUCAUCCCCACCUCCCUGCACUGUAUGCAGCAUUCAUAUCAUCCCCACCUCCCUGCACUGUAUGCAGCAUUCAUAUCACUGACUGCCCCACCUCCCUGCACUGUAUGCAGCAUUCAUAUCACUGACUGCCCCACCCCCUGCACUGUAUGCAGCAUUCAUAUCAUCCACCCCACCCCCCUGCACUGUAUGCAGCAUUCAUAUCAUCCACCCACCUCCCUGCACUGUAUGCAGCAUUCAUAUCAUCCACCCACCUCCCUGCACUGUAUGCAGCAUUCAUAUCAUCCACCCACCUCCCUGCACUGUGUGCAGCAUUCAUAUCCCACAGCCCCUGCCUGCAGCAUCACACUGCUACAUACAGCAAGGUAGCCCCUCUCAAUGUACCUCCCCUGGGUGGCCACUCACAUACUAGCACUGACAGGCCCUCUCCAACAGUGAGUGUUACAAUAAACACAGCUGCAGUUUCCCUCUUAAUAUCAAUUUCACAAAUUAAACACAGAAUGGCAAAAUUCGGGCUUAAAUAUCUGAUCUGGGAAAGUUCUCUAACUCUGCUAUAAUCUGGCUAUUUUAAAGGGACACUAUAGUCACCUGACCAACUUUAGCUUAAUGAAGCAGUUUUGGUGUAUAGAACAUGCCCCAUGCAGCCUCACUGCUCAAUCCUCUGCCAUUUAGGAGUUAAAUCAUUUUGUUUCUGUUUAUGCAGCCCUGAAAACAAAAUGGUUUCAUUUUAAAUCAUAUGUAACUUACUGUUAUUUAUAUAGCGCCAUCAAAUUCCGCAGCGCUUUACAAUGGGUGGACGAACAGACAUGUAGUUGGAGCCAGACAAGUUGGACACACAGGAACAGAGGGGUUGAGGGCCCUGCUCAAUGAGCUUUAUCUCCUGCUCUGUAAAUUGAUAGUUUAAUAGCUGGAUAGAGCCUGCAGAAGCCUCCAGUUACACACAGGACGCUCCUGCAGGGUCUAUUUAGCUAUUAACAGAGCAGGCGAUAAGAUAUUCUAAAUUAAACAGAAUUUAAUACAAAGGAAGUGUAAACAUUAUGACUCUUUACAGGAGUUGUUUAGGAAUGCAGUACACAUUACAAGAAGGGAGUGUAUGCAGCAAUGCUGUAUAAACAGAAUUAUUUAACGAAGUGGCAGAGAAUUGAGCAGUAAGACUGCUGAGACAUGGUCUAUCUAUACAACAAAACUUGCGAUUUGUGGUCAUUUUGAAACUAGACUGUCCCUGCGUAUAGGUUACUAAUAUGUAUAUUUUUUUCCUGCAGUGAACCACCUGACCGCAUACAUUUCUACAAAUAUAUUGAAUCACGGUAAGAUAUUUUUUUGUUUGUAUUUACAAACCCCCCUCCAACAUAAUGUAACACUUCUUUAUGUGGUAAAUGUGCUCAUAGUCCCUAGAUGCCUUUCUAUUGUCCAAUUUAAAAUCUUUAUAAAUUGAUUUGUCAAUCAAAAAUGGUUUUGCUGCAUUAGCCAUACUAAAUCAUACCAUCUCAGGUAGUCACUGCUUGGGCAAAUGAAGAAGCGUUAGCCUGAACAACAAAGAGGGCCUGGGCUGCAUGUGACCCAGGAACCGUCACCGACUGUUAGACCAGUAGUUAGUAGUAAUAGUUUGACUUUGAACAAUGGGAUGCCCGGGACUCAAGGCACCUUAACCACGUCAAUGAAACAAGUGCAAUGGAGAAAAUUUUCAUUAAUAAUUGUUUUGUUUGUACUGGUAAGCAAAGGCGAAAACUGACUCACUAUAUUUAAAGGACCACUCUAGGCACCCAGACCACUUCAGCUUAAUGAAGUGGUCUGGGUGCCAGGUCCCUCUAGGAUUAACCCUUUAUUUUUAUAAACAUAGCAGUUUCAGAGAAACUGCUGUGUUUAUGAUAGGGUUAAUCCAGCCUCUAAAGCCUCUAGUGGCUGUCUCAUUGACAGCCGCUAGAGGCGUUUGCGUGCUUCUCACUGUAAAUGCUUUCCUAUGAGACUGGCUCCUGCUGCACAUGCGCAUUCAGCCGAAGAGGAGGAUGGGGGAGGAGUGGGACCCUGAGUAUGUUUUCCUGGCACUAUAGUGGUCCUUUAAUGCAUUAUAUGAUGAACAAAUAUUUGCACUUCUGCUUCAUGAAGUGGUAUUGCUGCAUGAGACCUCUCACUACAGUCGAUUUAUAAUAGAAAUGUCUACGUAAAAGUAUUUGCAAAAUAAAUCCUUUUCUUUUCUUUUUUUUUAAACUUGGCCUGCCGACUCACUUAGCUGUCAAUUCUGCUUCUCUUAGUUGGUCUCAUAAACUUAAUUAAAGAAAAACUCCAACCACCAUAGCUAUUACAGCACCCAUAGUGAUUGUGGUGCCAGAAAUAUAUUUGCAGCCGCCCCCCUCCCUUUGUAAUUCGUCGACCGGUUUUAAAAGCAAGUUAGUAGUUUGACCUGGGUUGCUCGUUGCCACCACUGCUUCUGACAAGGUGGGGUUCAAUUGUCAAUUGGUGCUUGAGUUUCAAGUAAACAAAACAAAGCUCAUAUCCACUGUAGUUCUGUUGCUGAAUUGCUCACGUAAGCUUUAUGGUGUGAAAGAAACAUCCCUAGCCUUGUGUUUCAUCAUCAAUCUGUUAAAAGGCUGGUAAUGUCUUAGGUGUAAAGUCAUUUAUCAUCCAUUGUGCACAAUGAGUGGAAUUGCUCUAUAGACAAACAAUAGCCAAUACCUUCCUGCAGCUGGUAACUGUUAAUGUAAAUCAUCUGAAAUACAUGUUCUUUUUAACGUGGUCAAUGUGCUAAGAUCUCCGGACCCGAUAAUGACUCCACUAAUUUUCCCACAAUGAAAAGAUCCUGCUGAAAGCUACUUCUUUGAUCUAAUUAUAAGUCAUAUUCUACAUAGUCACUUUCCCAUGCUUCCAUUUGUCCUUCUGUCAGUUUUUAGAUUGUAAUUUGUGGAUAUGUGUGUUGUAUUACUUAAUUUCGAAUGAAAUAGUUUUCUGAAAUUCUUUUUUUUUUUUCUGUGCUAUUUCUAUAGUAUACUUACUAUUCAAAUGAUGAGUUUAAACCAAACUGUCUGUGUGUGUGGCGUGUUUGUAAAAAGUGUUGCAAUGCAGGGUAAUAAUCUUACUAUUUGACAAUGUGCUUGUGUUGGUGUGGAGGAAUGGACUCUAAGAAUGUAUCUAACUGCAUGUAUGAACUAAAGGAUCACUAUAGGGUCAGGAACACAAACAUAUAUUCCUAUCAAUCUAGCCACCCUGAGCCCUUCAUGCCUCCAUAAAUACAGCAAAAUCUUUCUGUCUUCAAGCCUGAAGUUGUAAUUCUGCGUGCUGUUAGACUCAGAAAAACAAGCACUCUGCUGACAUUAGAAAUGGUAGCCUGAUCCAAUCUGGCUGAGACUGACAAAGAGGCAGAUCAGGGGCAGACCUAGCAUGAUUGCAUCAGCAUCUCCUCAUAGAGAUGAAUUGAAUCAAUGAAUUCAGUUCAGUGCCUGCAUUCAGAGGGAGGAGACACUGAAUGUUUGGAUUCAUUUUAGGCAGCCAUGACCCAGGAAGGAUCUCUAACAGCCAUCUGAUGAGUGACCAGUGAAGUUAUCACUAGGCUGUAAUGUAAACACUGCAUUCUCCCUGGAAAAAAACAGUGUUUACAGCAAAAAGCCUAAAGGUAAUGAUUCUACUCACCAAAACAAAUUCAAUAAACUGUAGUUGUUCUGGUGACUAUAGAGUCCCUUUAAGGUUUGUGUGUUAUCAGAGCUUUCUUCCCCCUUACAUCUCUCUAUUUCUGUAAAAUAAUUUGUCUUGCACCUACAUGUGUCCUCUCCAUAUUUAUCCCCUUCCCCCUACUUGUGUCCCAGCCGUCACAUUAACCCCUUUUUGUCCCAUUACCAAUUUUUCAAGCUCAUAUUCCUUUCCCGUCCAGGUUGUCUUGCCAGUGUUAACAGAACUAACCUUUGUUGCAACGCUGGGAGAGAGAGAACCGCUCUGUCAGGAAUUCAUGUUUUGCGCACGAUGCUGUUUAGAUGGGGGUGGGGAUAUAACAGAAGUGAAUCAAUGAUCAACUACAAUCUAUUUACCUUACAGAUGUCUAUUUUCUUUUAUCUUAAAUAGACAAAAUGCGUAAGUGUAUGGUUAAUGGCUGCAAAAACAGGGAUGGAACACUCGAAUUCCAGUCGAAACUUUAUGUGUUGCAUCAAUUUCCAAAUUCGGCAGAAAGGAUAAAAGCAUGGCUGCAAGCUAGUGGCGACCACUUUGACAAUAUUGAUGCUGUUGUUCAGUAUAUCAUGCAACAUAGAACUAAAAGCUAUUUUCAUAUCUGUUCUGACCAUUUUGAAACUGAAAUGUUUGUUUCUGGUACCAGAACGAGAUUAUAUCUGAAGAGCAAUGCAGUACCAACAAUAUUUCCAAGGCCAAGUGUCCUAUCUAUUGUGAACGAGUUGGCUCAUAUAUCAGAGGAAAGUAAUCCAGAUGUUGAAAUGGAUGGGCUUGUUGACACAUCAAUCCAAAGUGAUACUGACUCUACUUUAUUUGGGUUUGAUCACGAUUACUUAGCGGAUUUUAGCUACCGAAUACCAAAGCCAGAAAACUUUCACAGCGUACACACAAACACUGAUAUUAUCCAGAAAUCAAAUAGAGGUACUUCUACGUCUCAUUUUCUUGGCCGUAAGAAUGCUUCCGCUCAAACUAUAAAUAUCAUAAGCAAAAAACACGUAUCAACCUCAACAUGGAACUUGGUCAAAUGUAAAGACGCCUAUACGUGGAUUGAUGUAAGUGAUGAAGCUAUAGAUCCACUUGCCAAAAAUUCCAUCAUAAAUGACUUUUCACAAGCCCCCCCCCCCAAAAAGUGUUCUAAAGCAAAAUCUCAACGAAAGAAAUUGCCUAAACCAGAAACGUUGGCUACAGAGGAAAUGGAUGUUGCUUUUUUACCAGCAAUACAACCUCGAACAGUCGGUGAAAGUCAUUUUACAACUGUGUCACGAACCUCUUCUGCAUUAAGGGAUCAAGAAUUGGAUGCAGCUAUGUUUAAUAUUGACUCGAUGAAUCCCGAUUUCCUUCCUGAAAAUCACUCUACAGAUAUAGAAUUUGUAACUGAGCCCUCCCCGGAUGUUUCUAUUGCUGAAAGAAAAUUUAUAAUUUUUGAGACAUGUCUCGAUCAGCUGUUACGUUCUGUCCAAACAUGUAAAUUCCCUGUUAAAUGCACCGCUCCGAUAAUGGAUAUAGAGAAGACUAUAUCUGGAACUCUGCUUACCGUGUACACAGUUUGCAAAAAGAAACAUCGUUGUCUAUUUUGGAAAAGCCAGCCGAUGGUUGGCAGAAAAUCAUGCGGCAAUAUACUGGCUAGCGCAGCAAUAGUGUUCAGUGGUUCUGAUUUUAAGAAAGUACAUGAACUCUUUGAAAUCUUUGGCGUGCAGUUUAUUUCAAUAACGACUCAUCGUGCAUACCAACAAAAUUAUUUGUUCCCAAUAGUGAAUUUAUACUACCGUAAAGAAAGAAACCUUAUUUUGGGCAGUUUGAAGGGACGGGUAUUGUCCCUUUCUGCAGAUGGGCAACGUGACAGUCCGGGUUAUGGUAAGAAAUAUUGCACUUAUUGCAUAGUGGAGAAAAGUACACAAAAAAAAUAGAAUGCAACACAAUUCAAGUGAGCGAAAGCUCCUCGUCCGUCGCAAUGAAAUCAUUGGCAUUCUCUACGUGUAUGGAAAACAUUUUAGUGGAAAGACUCAAUAUUGGAGUUUUGGUGACGGACAGGCAUGAAAUCAUUAGAAAAAUAAUGAUGGAGGAAUAUAAACAAAUUAACCAUCAGUUCGAUGUCUGGCACUACUGCAAGAGCCUACGCAAAACUUGAAAACCUAGCAAGAGAUCCAACGUGCAAAGAGCUUGUUCCGUGGACUAAUGCCAUAGUAAACCAUUUUUGGGCAUCCUGUUAUCUUGGCAAGGGCAAUCCUGACUUACUUAGAGAGAGGUGGGUCUCCGUUCUUCACCAUAUCACAAAUGUGCACGAAUGGGAAUCUGAAAAUGGAGUCAAACGAUGUUCCCACAAAGAAAUGUCAGAAUCUGAAAACCAGGAGCGAGCAAGAAUCUGGAUCUCAAGAAAUGGAGUGGCGCAUUCAAAACUUGGAAACUUUGUAAACGACGGAGAACUUCGAAGUGAUUUAAAACAUUUGACGGAAUUUGGCCACACAGGAAGCCUAGAAGUCUACCAUAACUUGCUUUUAAAAUAUUGUCCUAAGCAAACAAAUUUUUCGAUGGUUGAUGUCAAAAUUAGCAAAAUUAGCUGUAUUGGCUCACAACGCCAGUAUAGCUAGACCUCCGGACACAGACCAGCCAAGUCAUGAAGAUACAGAGCAAGUUAGUAAUUUCCAACACAAGCCAUCUUUUUCAAAAAGAACCAAAGGCUGUCAAGUCAAAACAUUGUGUGGAGCAACGUAUUUUGGCCACAUUUUUCCAAUGAUGGCUGAUACAAUCAGACUGGCUUCAGGAGAAAUUGAUGUUUAUUGAGUGUGAUUAUAUUUAACUCCUUUAGCACAAAAGAGAUUGAAUAAAAAACAAUGCCAUCCGUGAGUAUAACAGACAGAGCAGGAUAUGUGUGUUACAGUGAUGAUGUGAUCUCAGGGAACCAACACAGGUUUAGACAAUCAUUCCAUACAUUACAAAGGACAGUCCUGUCUUUUUUCCAAUCUCUCAGUAAUGUUUUAGCUACAGCCAUGCCUUUUGACAAUUCAUGCAUUGAUAAAAUAUAGAAAAUGGCAGCAGCCUUACUGACGUGAUAUGGGAAUAAGAUUCAAAGGAACAGUAUAGUCACCAAAAUAACUUUACCUUAUUAAAGUAGUUUUGUUGUAUAGAUAAUGUUCCUGCAGUCUCACUGCUCUAUUUACCGCCAUUUAGGAGUUAAAUCACUGUUUAUGCAUCCGUAGCCACACCUUCCUGCAUGUAAUUUGUGCAGCCUUCCUAAAUACUUCCUGUAAAGUGAAAUCUAAUGUUUAAACUUUCUUUAUUGCACAGUCUGUUUAUUUAAGAUAGUUUUAGGAAUUAAAACAGAAUUUAAUAUUCCCCUGUUGUAUAACCCUCCUUGUGUGAGCUUCUACACUGAGCAUAUCAUCAGACACUUUUAGUUCAAAGUAAAUAAAUCAUGAUUCUGCAGGUUAAAUGCAGAGAUCUACAUUUUUUGUCCUUUUAGCUGCCUCUUUUUAGUAUGUAGUUAAAUGUUGCCUUAGUUAAUGCUUUUCAAUUACCAUAUUUUAGUGUUUAGUAUAUGAACCUUUUUGUUGGUUUUUACUAUGUAAAGUUGAUAUAUAAAAUUUCGUUUUGUGAUAGGACCGUGUUUAACUAAUUAUGUUAAAAUAAAAACACUUCAACUUUGAGAUUUUUUUUCCUGUUUAUAGAGAAAUUUCCACAAUUAUGUAGUUAACUUAUGAUGAGAGAGGGCACCACCUCCUAUUUCCUAAAAAAACAUGCACCCACUGAGUUUAAUCUGCGUGUAGUGUCUGAGUGUAGUAACUGAUAACUGAGGUGUGCGUCUGCGUGGAGGGCCCGAGGAACGCGCGUCUGUGUGCAGGGCAUCUGCACGGGUGGAGGGGUCGGGGAACGUGUCUGCGUAAAGCUAGUUUGCGUGAUAAAAUUGCUUUGGUAUUAGUGUUUCUAAGUUCAUAUGACAUUAAAGGGUCACUAUAAGUACCCAGACAACUUCAUCUCACUGAAGCGGUUUGUGUACACUGCAGAUAACUAUAUGAUGCAUCUGCAUAAAGAUCCGUUUCUAACUCACACGUUGCAUGAGGACGUUGAGUGCUCAAUCAGUGCUCUAUUUGAUUGGAGGAAUGAGGCACUUGCAGUACACACACUUUUGUCCUUCAGUGAAGUAAGCUUGCUUGCUGAUCAGGUGGCAGAGGUGGGGAUUAAGAGGCCCCGAGUCAGACCUCGGGAAGCUUGAGCACGAAAUUGGCCAAAAAAAUGUGCACUGCCCGUGUAAUCGAAGUUCAGGUGUUUCAGCUUUCCACAUUGCUUUCAGGUGCCUAAAAUACAGCACAUAUUUCUGAAAUCUCCAUAGAUCAACAUUGACAAUACAAGUAGUCAAACUAAAGAGCCCAGUGCCAUUAAUCAUGGCAUUACCAUAUGACAUCACCCACAUACUCACAGAGCGAGACUGGCAAGUGCAUAAACAUUUGGCACAAAAAUUGUAUGUUGAGAUCUUCUGGAAAUGGGUUUCCAUGGCCUCACGACAUGCAGAAUGCCAAACAUUGGCUAGAACAGUGUAAAUUACACCGCCACUAGACAGUUAGAUCUGUCUGCAGUGUGUGUGUGUGUGUGUGUGUGUGUGUGUGCAUGCACACGUGAGUCACUGGGUUAAUAAUUACCAGAUAUUUAUAUUAUACACACAGUUUUAUAGAAGUAUAUAUCUAUUUAGUUUUUAUCUUUUUUUUCAUGGUAUGUAUGGGUUAUUACAUUCAUGUUUGAUUCUCUCUUGUUGAUUUUCGUUAUAUAGUCACUCAACCGUUAAAGGGUUACUCCAAACACUAUAACCACUUUCUGGCCUGCAGUCCCCUAAACCCAAGGGCAUAGGAUGUAACUAACCAACUAUAGGCAUAUUAUGUGUGUUAUUUGUAGAAUAAAUGGGUGGAAUUGUUAAGAGAAAAAUAGACAAUCAGCCAUCUUUGGUACAAAUCUUCAUCUCGUUUAUGUAUAUGUAAAUAUGUAUUUAAAUUUAGCUAAACAGGAGAAUUUGCAGAAUAUUUAAUAAAGUCUUCCUAGCUUGGUUCCAAUUUGUUACGUUUAAUUUGCCUCUAAUUAGAUAAGGAUGUUUGCGCCCUGGUAUCUUGUCUUUAAGAUUACCAUCUGCUUUGCUGCUAACUUCCGGAAUCACUUAAAGGGACACUAUAGUCACCAGAACAACUACCGGUUUUAUGUAUUUGUUCUGGUGAGUAUAAUCAUUCCCUUCACGCUUUAUGAUGUAAACAGUGACUUUUGUUGUAAACAGUGAUUUUUCAGAGAAAAUGCAGUGUUUACAUUACAUCCUAGGGAAACCUCCACUGGCCACUCCUCAGAUGGCUGCUACAGGUGCUUCCUGGGGCAGUGCUGCACAGUGUGACUGAUAUUCAGUAUCUCCUCUCUCUGCAUGCAGACCCUGAACUUUCCUCAUAGAGAUGCAUUGAUUCAGUUCAUCUCUAUGAGGAGAUGCUGAUUAGCCAGGGCUGUUGUCGUGGUGAGCAUUGAUAGGCAGCUAGCUAGGAGAAGAAAUUAGUUUACACAGGGACAGCCUGUCGGUAUGCAGAAUAAAGUGUUCUCAUAUAUUAAGCAAAAGGUGAGGGUUCUUACAGACCUUUCAUUCAAUGUAUUCCAAAUAGUGGUACAAAACUAAACUAUUUAAUUGGUUAGUACAUUAUCUAUCUUUGCCAGCUCCGUGACAUAGAGAAGAAUGAAGCUGGACUCGCUGUGUAAGGAACACUUUACUCUUUAUAUACUGUCUUAUAUGAAGAUAAUUAGAUGUAAACAUCUUCAGUUUGUUAUACACUUCCCUACAUACCUUAUUAUAUAUAUAUAUAUAUGUCUGUUUGUUAUUAUCACUUAAUAAUACUUACAUAAUAUAAUAUACGUGUCCAAAAACAUGAUUCAUCAUUAAAGUAACACUACAGGAUCAGGAACACAAACACGUAUUCCUGACAAUAUAGUGUUAAAAUCACGAUGUAGCCCAACUGGCUCCUCUAACUACAGUAAAAUCUUACCUCUAUUCCAGUUUGCUGGUGUUGGCUCCGCCCGCAACCCGCCUCAUUAGCUGAGAUCAUCAGAAUUGACAAUCUCAGCCAAUCCAAUGCUUUCCAAUGGGAACGAAUUGGCUUGGCUGAGAUCAUCACUGUUGGUGAUGUCAGCCAAGCAGGCAUAUCAGGGGCAGAGCCAGCACCAGCAGACUAGAAUAAAGGUAAGAAUUUACUUACUGCGACCUGUCCUGCUCAGACCCAGGUGUAUGUUGGCCAGCAGCUGAGUCAGGAGUACUCCCUAGUAGGAAUUUGGUCCUAUUGCAUUAAAGCAGACUGCUGACCAAAACAAAUUCCACCUCUAGGCAGCUUGUAGAGUUCCAGGCUGGAAAAAUGUGAAUUUGUGCAUAUUUGCCAUCUGUAGUCAGCACACGUUGCAUGCGGGCAACAGAUGACCUAAUGUAAGACACAUCAUGCUGCCCAAGUCCAUAGCACAUCCGGCUGCAGAGAGAACUUGUCCUUGCCGCAGGAUCGUAGCUAGGUACCUGCAAGGGAUGUUUAAAUCAAAAAGUGUUUUAUUCAAAUAUAUAAUUACAUUUCUUUUUUAAAUUUAAUUAGCACUUGAUAAGAUUUUUGCAAGUUUCUACUCCAGUUCAGUGAAUGUAUCCCUUACAUGUUUUUUUUUUCUUUUUUUUUUCAAUAGGAUGAUCACGUAUGGUAAUUUCACAGACGAAUCCUCCCUCGAUCAUUACUAGGUAAAUUUAAAUAAAUAAUCUUUUUAUACACUGAGGGGGAGACACAGACAUAUAACGUCUCUCUCUCUCUCUUCUACAAAGUUAUUUUUUUGUUUUACAUUCUGAAAUCUGUGAUCAUCUAAAACCUAUACAAUUCUAUGUAUAUUUUACUUACAUGUGUAUAUAUUUCUUUUCUUUCAGUGUAUCACCAUCAAACAUAGAUUUCUUCGGACAUAUUAAAUCUCGGUAAGAUGUCAAAGCUUUAUUUUGUUUUUGUUUUUUGGUUUAAUUUGUAUAGGUGUGUAGAUAUUUAAGAAAUCAUUGAAGUGGUUUUGUUGACUGGAGUUUCCUGUGCUCUGCCCUCUAAGUAUCCAACCAUUCUCAUUCUGUUUGGCAAACAAAAAUCCCCAGCAGCCCGUGCCUCCGUCUCCCACAGCACAGUGUAGCUGUUGAGAAGAUUACUCCGCAUUAACUGUGCCAAAUCAUACCAGCGAUUGAUGGACCGCAGUGAUUGGCUGAGAGUGGCCUGCUUGAUUCUCAUUAAUCACUCAAACAAAUUGCAAAAAGAAAGGACCACGCUGUCCUUUCAUUUGAACUUAUAUUGGUUUAUCUAUACUGGUGAGCAUAGGAGGAAACAACCCCCCCCCCAUAUAUUACAUUAUAUGAUACGUAAACAAAUAUGUACUAUUUAGGUGAAAGGGACACUAAAAUCAGUUCAACUUCAUGAAGUGGUAUUUGUGCUUGGGACCUGUUAUUGCAUUGAUAAAAAAAAAAAUUUUUUUUCCUGCUUUGAUUUAAUUAAUAAUAUAUUUAAAAUAAAAGCGCAAAAGUAAAAGAAAAAAAUCUUACUUCUUAUAUUUGCUUUGCCACCUACCGUGGAUGUUACAUGUAGCUCUGCUGGCUAGCUCAAAUAGGCCCAUACAGGAAAUUAAAUGGAUCUGAAGUAGUCUGCAAUGUUGAACUGAUCAAUUUGUGGCCUUUCACAAUAGUUGUGAAUAGUUGUGUCUGGGGUCAUCAGGUUGUGACGUUCAAUUAGCACGUUUUAAAUUAAAUCGUAUCCACUGUAGUUCUGUUCCUGAAGUGAUCACAAAAUCUUUAUGGUGUGACAAACAUCCCUGACGUUGAUGUUUCUUCACCAAUCCGAAGGCUGUUAUUUUAGGGGUAAAGUAGUUCAUCCUCCAUAGUGCAUUUCUACACCUCAUACAUCUCAUACUACAGGUGCCGUUUAUACACAUCUAAAAAACCAAAAAGUAAUCUAAAGUGAUCUGUAUGCUACGAUGUCCGCACCCGCUACACAUGUGCACAGUCAUUUCUUCACUACCUUUUUCACAGGUGUGCAGCUCCUGCUAAAAAUUCCUCCUUACAUCUGUCUAGUUAUAAGUCUUUCUCUACAUCCUCUCUCUUUCCCUCUCUGCCAUUUGUCAGCUGUUUAGAUUUGUGGAUAUGUGUGUUUAUACAUUUUUUAUUUCUAAUAAAAUUAGUUUCUGAAAUUCUUUUUCUGCUUUUAUUUCUAUAAUAUUUUUUACACUUUCAAAUGUAGCCAGAGUGCCAGUUUGGGUGUCUUGUUGCAAUACAGGGUAAUAUUUUUACUAAUAGAUUGCGUACUUGUGUUGGUGUGGAGGAAUUGAAUGUAAGAAUGAAGCUGAUUGCCUGUGUAGAGUGCUUGCACGUGUGUUAUCUGAGCUUUGUGUUUGACUAUCAUCUUCCCCCUUACAUCUCCCUAUUUCUCUAAAAUAAUUUGUCUUGCACCUACAUGUCCCAGCCGUCACAUUAAACCCUUUUUGUCCCUUUACCAAUUUUUCUAACUCACAUUCCUUUCCCAUCCAGGUUGUCUUACCAGUGUCUGAAAUGUUAGCAGAACUAACUAGCAUUGCAGCUCUGGGAGAGAGAACCGCUCUGUCAGGAAUUCAUGUUUUGCGCACGAUGCUGUUUGGAAGGGGGUGGGGAUAUAACAGAAGUGAUCUUGCCAAAUAUCAUUGCUAUUGUUGUAUCAAUCAACGAUCAACUACUAUCUAUUUACCUUACAAGUGUCUAUUUUCUUUUAUCUUAAAUAGACAAAAUGCGUAAGUGUAUGGUUAAUGGCUGCAAAAGCAAGGACGGAACUCCCGGAUUCCAUUCGAAACCUUACGCGUUGCAUCAAUUUCCAAAUUCGGCAGAAAGGAUAAAAGCAUGGCUGCAAGCUAGUGGCGACUAUUUUGACAAUAUUGAUGCUGUCGUUCAAUAUAUCAUGCAGCGUAGAGGCAAAAGCUACUUUCGUAUCUGUUCUGAACAUUUUGAAUCCGAUAUGUUUGUUUCUGGUACCAGAACCAACUUGUGUUUGAAAAGCUAUGCAGUACCAACAAAAUUUCCAAGGCCCAGCGUCUUAUCUAUUGUGAACGAGUUGGCUCUUGUGUCAGAGGAAAGUAAUCCGGAUGUUGAAAUGGACGAGCCUGUUGACCCAUCAGUCCGAAGUGCUAGUAAACCUACUUCAUUUGCGUUUGAUCACAAUUAUUUAACGGAUUUCAGCUAUACAAUAUCAAACCCAGGAAAAUGUUUCAGCGUACACACAAACACUGAUAUUAUCCAGAAAUCAAAUAGAGGUACUUCUACGUCUCAUUUUCUUGGCCGUAAGAAUGCUUCCGCUCAAACUAUAAAUAUCAUAAGCAAAAAACAUGUAUCAACCUCAACAUGGAACUUGGUCAAAUGUAAAGACGCCUAUACGUGGAUUGAUGUAAGUGAUGAAGCUAUAGAUCCACUUGCCAAAAAUUCCAUCAUAAAUGACUUUUCACAAGCCCCCCCCAAAAAGUGUUCUAAAGCAAAAUCUCAACGAAAGAAAUUGCCUAAACCAGAAACGUUGGCUACAGAGGAAAUGGAUGUUGCUUUUUUACCAGCAAUACAACCUCGAACAGUCGGUGAAAGUCAUUUUACACCUGUGUCACGAACCUCUUCUGCAUUAAGGGAUCAAGAAUUGGAUGCAGCUAUGUUUAAUAUUGACUCGAUGAAUCCCGAUUUCCUUCCUGAAAAUCACUCUACAGAUAUAGAAUUUGUAACUGAGCCCUCCCCGGAUGUUUCUGUUGCUGAAAGAAAAUUUAUAGUUUUUGAGACGUGUCUCGAUCAGCUGUUACGUUCUGUCCAAACAUGUAAAUUCCCUGUUAAAUGCACCGCUCCGAUAAUGGAUAUAGAGAAGACUAUAUCUGGAACUCUGCUUACCGUGUACACAGUUUGCAAAAAGAAACAUCGUUGUCUAUUUUGGAAAAGCCAGCCGAUGGUUGGCAGAAAAUCAUGCGGCAAUAUACUGGCUACCGCCGCAAUAGUGUUCAGUGGUUCUGAUUUUAAGAAAGUAUAUGAACUCUUUGAAAUCUUUGGCGUUCAGUUUAUUUCAAUAACGACUCAUCGUGCAUACCAACAAAAUUAUUUGUUCCCAAUAGUGAAUUUAUACUACCGUAAAGAAAGAAACCUUAUUUUGGGCAGUUUGAAGGGACGGGUAUUGUCCCUUUCUGCAGAUGGGCAAUGUGACAGUCCGGGUUAUGGUAAGAAAUAUUGCACUUAUUGCAUAGUGGAGAAAAGUACACAAAAAAUAAUAGAAUGCAACACAAUUCAAGUGAGUGAAAGCUCCUCGUCUGUCGCAAUGGAAUCAUUGGCAUUCUCUACGUGUAUGGAAAAUGUUUUAGCGGAAAGACUCAAUAUUGGCGUUUUGGUGACGGACAGGCAUGAAGUCAUUAGAAAAAUAAUGAUGGAGGAAUAUAAACAAAUUAACCAUCAAUUCGAUGUCUGGCACUACUGCAAGAGCCUACGCAAAAAGCUUGAAAACCUAGCAAGAGAUCCAACGUGCAAAGAGCUUGUUCCGUGGACUAAUGCCAUAGUAAACCAUUUUUGGGCAUCCUGUUAUCUUGGCAAGGGCAAUCCUGACUUACUUAGAGAGAGGUGGGUCUCCGUUCUUCACCAUAUCACAAAUGUGCACGAAUGGGAAUCUGAAAAUGGAAUCAAACGAUGUUCCCACAAAGAAAUGUCAGAAUCUGAAAACCAGGAGCGAGCAAGAAUCUGGAUCUCAAGAAAUGGAGUGGCACAUUCAAAACUUGGAAACUUUGUAAACGACGGAGAACUUCGAAGUGAUUUAAAACAUUUGACGGAGUUUGGUCACACAGGAAGUCUAGAAGUCUACCAUAACUUGCUUUUCAAAUAUUGUCCUAAGCAAACGAACUUUUCGAUAGAUGAUGUGUUGGCCCGGGCAAAAUUAGCUGUAUUGGCUCACAACGCCAGUAUAGAUAGACCUCCGGACACAGACCAGCCAAGUCAUGAAGAUACAGAGCAAGUUGGUCAUUUGCGACACAAGCCAUUUUACUUAAAAAGAGCAAAAAUCUGUCAAGUCAAAAAAAUUUGUGGAGCAACGUAUUUUGACCACAUUUUUCCAAUGAUGGUUGAUCUUAUCAGACUGGCUUCAGGAGAAAUUGAUAUUUAACUGAGUGCGAUAAACAUUCGAACUUUCGCCUAAAUAUUCAACUCCUUGAGCGACAACGGGAUUGAAUGAAAACACAAAACAAAACAAAACAAAAAUUGUUCGCACUUUACAAACUUUCACAUUAAUAUUGGUUGACUUUUUAACCCAGUUUGCUUUGCUUCAGAAAUGUUGCUACCUUGUUUCCAUGUAAUCACUUUGAGAGAGAGAUCCCAUGUGCCUGAUAUUAAAUGGAGUUACACUAUGAAAUUGCAAGUGGCUGUCCAUGAGUGUAACCCCCACCAAUCUCAGACCGAGUGGGAUAUGUUUUUACAGUGCUGACAUGACAUUAGGGACCAUGAUGCAAUGCUUUAUAAACAAAGGAUAGUCCGGCCAUCUUUCUUGUUUUGUUUUUUUUUUUUUUUCCCAUCUCUCAUGUUUUAACUAGAACUGUCAAAGUUGUACUUUGACAAAAGGUUAGAAAUGGCCGCAGCAUUACUGAGGACACAUGGGGCAAAAAAAAAUUGCUGUUCUGUCCUUUCUUGUGCUGUUUAUGUAUGUUUUAUAUUGACAGCCUAGGCGAUACUACAAUGAAUGCUGGUUGGAUUUUUUUUUUUUUUUUUUUGUGAAAAUCUUGUUUCACGGGGAGUAACCUUCUGAUGACACAAACCUUACUUUUUUUGGUGUCUGAUAAUUUGAUCUUCCUGUUGCUAAAUAUGUCAUUCUCAUUGUCCCACUGAAUGUCUAUGAGGGGGGCUCUCAUAGUUUCACUCUUUCUCCAAAUCUAAAAAAAAAUAAUAAUUUGUGUCCACUCCUUAGGACACUGAGUAUAUUAUCAGACGCUAUUCUAGUUUAAAGUGAAUAAAUCAUUACUCUGUGCCAUACAUGCAAAUUCCAGUGUUUUAGUACUUGCUGCCACCUCUUUCAGUAUGUUGUUGAAAAUCCCAUUAGUUAAUAAAUGCUGUUAAUUAGCCAUUUUUGUGUUUAGUGGAUAAACCACUUGGUUAAUAUUGAAAUUUUACUUUGUACGCUUUGUAGCUCUGGUUAUAUAAAAUAUACUUUUGUGAUACCAGACUGUCUUUAAUUCCUUUUUGUUUUUAAUGUUUUUAAAAUAAACAUGCUUUGAAAAAUGAAGAAAAAUAAAUUUUAGAAAAUUUAACGGCGCAGUGGUUUUGGUGCCAGUAGUGUUUAGGGCUUAGCUCAUCAGUGAGAGCAGUCAGCUGACACAGGCGCUUCCGACUGUCUGCAGGAAGUAGUAGUCAGGGGUGGUACCUGGUACACCCCAGGUAAAAAGUCGAAUUGUUCGAACACUCCAAGCACCAUAAUCACUACAGCUGGUAGAUGUGUUAAUGGUGCCAGGAGUGCCCUAGCACUGUCCCAUUUUCAGUAGUCAGAUUGUUUGCAAAUAAUUUUACAUUUUACCUGCGGUCUUCCUGUGGCCCCAGAUGCUACUGUAUUGAGACAAUCCGCUCAGUGGAGCUAACGGCAGGGCUAGUGAACGCUGGCUGCUAUCUCGUAUAUACAAUCACCUGUGCAGGAGAUCACUCACAGAUGCACGACACGCCAUUUAGCAAUGAACCCAAAUAGUGAAUUAACUACAUGCAGAGUUUAUAUAAGAAAACGGAAUCUAAAACAUAUUCACUAGAGGCAAGGUCAUUACAUGGGCUGAUCCCAACAUGUACUGGCUGUCUGAGAGUAAUAGGAGUGGGGUCGCUGUCAGCAUGUUCAGUUAAUGCUGGUUUUGUGUAAACAAUUUUAUUGCAUUUUAAAAACUUUACAUGUCAAGUAUAUCGGUACCGGUUAUUGGCAAUCUGCGCAAUAGCAGACCGAAAAUCUGUAUCGGCAAUCAGCUCUGUAAAAAUAUCUAUCAAUCCCCGAGAUGUAUAAUACAUCUUCAUGUUUUAUAGGCAGCAAUUAAAGUCCUACCUUGUAGAUGGCAAAUAUUUUAGGGUGAAAUCAAAAGGUUAAUCUACGUAGGCCAUUUUUGAAAUCCUUCUUUGAUUAAAGGAGAACUAUAGGCUAGGAAUACAAAAAUGUAUUUCAAUCUUUACAGCUCCCUAUAAUGCACACCUUGCUUGGUGCUGGGUCAGAAUUCGCCGUGGCUCUGACAAUGGGACCUAAUGCACUUGCGCGGCAGGUGAAUUAGGGCAGCCCCAUUGGAAAGCAUUGUAUAAUUCUUUCCCAUGGGGUUUCGGGUGACGCUCGAUAUCCUCUUGCAUAACGUGAUAACGUCCAGUGUCAAUUAGCCGACCUAAAGUCACUUAAUGACCCGGAACUCCUUCUAGUGGCUGUCUAGAGGUGGAGAUAACUCCCAAAUGUAAUUAUUGCAAUUUAUUAAAAAACUGCAAUAAUUACCUUUGCAAGAUUAAGGGACCUGCAGCCAGACCACUUCAAUGAGCUGGAGUGGCCUGGAUGCCUAUAGUGUCCCUUUAAUCCAUUUCCUUUCAGGAUAUGAAACAUGUGGUGGUGGAUCUUGUUUUGCAGUAUAUAUAUAUUUUCCCGUACAUCUCCAUAUGAUACGGUCACCCUGCUUAUUGUUUACAGUGAACCUGCCAUCCCCAAUAGUCUGGAUGACAAACUAUGUAUUACAUUAAUAGUUAAUCUGUUGUAGACACAUGAAGUCACUGGCAGAUUGGAGUCUAAAUGUCCAGUCUCUGGGUCACACACUAAUUCACUAACACAAUCUCUGUCAUUUCCUAAAAGUUGCAUCAUUGGGAAUUGAUCUGUGAAUUUUCAAAUUUAGGAUAAAAUGGGGAAAAUGGUAGACAGACAACUGAUGGAUCAGCGCUACAUGACCAACCGGAGGGUGUGUUCAAUACAGGCAGCAUAACCUAAAAUUUUUGAGGUUCCCUCACAGACCAUCAAAGAAAAGAGUUGUAUACAAUAGAACUGAUAUUAGGUUGCGCCUAAUAUGGUCACACAAAUGUGAGUACACCCCCACAAUUUUGUAAAUAUUUUGUAUCUUUUCAAGUGACAACACUGAAGAAAUGACACUGCUACAAUGUAAAGCAGUAAGUGUACAGCCUAUAUAACACUGUCAAUUUGCUGUCCCCUCAAAAUAACUCCACACACAGCCAUUAAUGUCUAAACAGUUGGAAACAAAAGUUAGUACACUCCUAAAUUAGCCAUUUUCCCUCCCCGGUGUCAUGUGACUCAAUAGUUUUACAAGGUUUCAGGUGUGAAUGGGGAGCAGUUGUGUUAAAUUUGGUGUUAUCACUCUCACACUCUCUCAUACUGGUCACUGGAAGUUCAACAUGGCACCUCAUGGCAAAGAACUCUCUGAGGAUCUGAAAAAAAAAAAUUUGUUGCUCUACAUAAAGAUGGCAUAGGCUAUAAGAACAUUGCCAAGACCCUGAAACUGAGCUGCAGCACGGUGGGCAAGACCAUACAGCGGUUUCACAGGACAGGUUCCACUCAGAACAGGCUUCACCAUGCUCGGCCAAAGAAAAUGAGUACUUAGCGUUAUAUCCAGAGGUUGCCUUUGGGAAAUAGAUGUAUGAGGGCUACUGGCAUUGCUGCAGAGGUUGAAGGGGUGGGGGGAACAGCCUGUCAGUGCUCAGACCAUACGCCGCACGCUGUAUCAAAUUGGUCUGCAUGGCUUUCGUUCCAGAAGGAAGCCUCUUCUAAAGUUGAUGCACAAGAAAGCCUGCAAACAGUUUUCAGAAGACAUGUAGACUAAGGACAUGGAUUACUGGAACCGUGUCCCGUGGUCCGAUGAGACCAAGAUAAACUUAUUUGGUUCAGAUGGUGUCAAGGGUGUGUGGCGGCAACCAGGUGAGGAGUACAAAAACAAGUGUGUCUUGCCUACAGUCAAGCAUGGUGGUGGGAGUGUCAUGGUGCAUGCCGGCACUGUUGAGCUACCAUGAAUGCUAACAUGUACUGUGACAUCCUGACGCGCAGAGCAUGAUCCCCCCCCCUUCAGAUACUGGGCCGCAGGGCAGUAUACCAACAUAACGACCCCAAACACUCCUCCAAGGUGACCACUGCCUUGCUAAAGAAGCUGAAGGUAAAGGUGAUGGACUUGUCAAGCAUGUCUUCAGACCUAAACCCUAUUGAGCAUAGGUGGGGGAGCGCAAGGUCUCUGACAUCUACCAGCUCUGUGAUGUCGUGGAGGAGUGGAAGAAGACUCCAGUGGCAACCUGUGAAGCUCUGGUAAACUCCAUGCCCAGGCAGAGCUGGAAAAUAAUGGUGGCCACACAAAAUAUUGACACUUUGGAUUUGGCCAUUUCCACUUAGUGGUGGAAAAACCGCUGUAUGGUUUUGCCCACAGUACUGCAGCUUAGUUUCAGGGUCUUGGCAAUCUUCUUAUCACAUAGGCCAUCUUUAUGUAGAGCAACAAUUCUUUUUUUCAGAUCCUCAGAGAGUUCUUUGCCAUGAGGUGCCAUGUUGAACUUCCAGAUACCAGUAUGAGAGUGUGUGAGUGCGAUAACACCAUAUUUAACACACCUGCUCCCCAUUCACACCUGAGACCUUGUAACACUAACGAGUCACAUGACACCGGGGAGGGAAAAUGGCUAAUUGGGCCCAAUUUGGACAUUUCCCCACAGGGGUGUACUAACUUUUGUUGCCAACGGUUUAGACAUUAAUGGCAGUGUGUUGUUAUUUUGAGGGGACAGAAAAUUUACCCUGUUAUACAGGCUGUGCACUUACUACUUUACAUUGUAGCAGAAUGUCAUUUCUUCAGUGUUGUCACAUGAAAAGAUAUGAUAAAAUAUUUACAAAAAUGUGAGGGGUGUACUCACUUUUGUGAGAUACUGUAUAUUAAGAUAAUUUAGCAGUAUUAAUAAAGUGUACUUACUAAAACGCCAAUCAGAAAGAUUUACAGUCAAAAAUAUAAGAUAUAAAAAUAGUAGGAAGUCCAAAUUCUGAUGUACCAUAAGGAAUAUUAUGAGAAACUGAAAUAGUGUAAUAUGUCAUGAGCAGGUGAUAGGAAGUAUGCAGUACGUAGUAGUACUAUGGUUUAAAAGAAACCGGUAUCUCAAGACUCCCACAAGAAAACUAAUUACAUAAAGGUCACGCUUUAAUCAUCUUUGUACCUCAUAAUUUGAACUUUUUAGUAUUUUUUAUAUCUUAUAUUUUGGCCUGUAAAUCUUUCUGAUUGGCUUUUUACUAGAAGUACAUUUUUUUUAAAGGAACACUAUAGUCACCUAAAUUACUUUAGCUAAAUAAAGCAGUUUUAGUGUAUAGAUCAUUCCCCUGCAAUUUCACUGCUCAAUUCACUGUCAUUUAGGAGUUAAAUCACUUUGUUUCUGUUUAUGCAGCCCUAGCCACACCUCCCCUGGCUAUGAUUGACAGAGCCUGCAUGGAAAAAAAACUGGUUUCACUUUCAAACAGAUGGGAUUUACCUUAAAUAAUUGUAUCUCAAUCUCUAAAUUGAACUUUAAUCACAUACAGGAGGCUCUUGCAGGGUCUAGCAAGCUAUUAACAUAGCAGGGGAUAAGAAAAUCUUAAUUAAACAGAACUUGCAAUAAAGAAAGCCUAAAUAGGGCUCUCUUUACAGGAAGUGUUUAUGGAAGGCUGUGCAAGUCACAUGCAGGGAGGUGUGACUAGGGUUCAUAAACAAAGGGAUUUAACUCCUAACUGGCAGAGGAUUGAGCAGUGAGGCUGCAGGGGCAUGUUCUAUACACCAAAACUGCUUCAUUAAGCUAAAGUUGUUCAGGUGACUAUAGUGUCCCUUUAAUAAUUCUAAAUUAUCUCAAUAUAUAUUUUCAUAAUUGUGGCGCAACCUAAUAUCUGUUCUAUUGUAUAAAACGGGGGAAAAAAUUAAAAUCAUACAUUUUCCAACUUGGCUGUUCUGACGUAAAUUUGUAUUUGAUAAAACAAAAAAGUCUUCAGAUACUCACGGAAUCAAAGCCAUAGGCAGAUGGCAGCAACGUUUCGACCUGUGAAUAGGAUUUUAUCAAGCUUGAUAAAGACCUAUUCAUAGAUCGAAACGUUGCUGUGCUUUUCUGAUCCAAUAAAUCUGCCUAUGGCUUUAAUUCUAUGAGUGCCGGAAUACUGUUAUGUUUUAGCAAACAUGAUCUGGAUUUACUGGUCCUGCUUCGGCUAAGCACCCGGUUUUAAGUGGAAGUGGAGUGAGGUUCCUUUUCUUCUGUUUUGUAAAUUUGUAUUUGGUAAAUUCCCUAGCAAUUUAGUAAACAACCAUAAACAGUGGAUUAUAGUGACCUGAAAACUGAAUUUCUAAUGUGAUUGUGAAACUGUCAGUGCAGAAUUUCUUCCUUUCUGUGUUUUAUACAACCUCCUGUCUGUUAUUUUUGUAGCCAUGAUAUUCGUUUCUGCAUCAUGAAAAUUCGAAAUCUGAAUAGUAUUUCUCUGUAUUUUUCAUCCAUGUGUACAGACUUCAGACGUCUGAAUUUGGGAAUACAUCUCUUUAUAACCCAACGUGUAAAAUGAGUACACCGUCCGCCCCGAAGAGCCAGGGCAUGAGGUUUGCGGAGGAGCAGCUGCAGAGACAUGGCUGGACUGAAGGUAACUCUGAAUGGCACAAGGCCCUUACCGCAAGAGAAAUAUCUAACAAUCUACAGAAGCAUUUCGGAUCAUUCAAAGUCAAGUCACAUGACAUGCACUCAGUAUUCUCGAUCACCCGGCACACUGACUUUGUCGCACAGGAUAGGUGGACUGUUGUUGGGCAGCUUUUAUUAGCCCCCGUGGUGCUCAUGGAUGCCAGAAUGUAAUAUUCCCCCCACCCUUCCCUCUCCUGAUCUCAGAUCUGCCUAAAUUGGCAAAUCUUACUGGAAUCUUAAGGGACACUCCAAGCACCAAAACCACUUCAUGUUAAUAGAGUGGUUUUGGUGCACAGACCAUGUUCCUGUAUUUCUGGUAUUGUAAACAUUGCCGUUUCCUUGAAACGACAAUGUUUGUUUGGCUCUAAGCACACCUUUUAGUGUUUGUCAGACUGACAGGCCUACAAUUUUUGGCGUCAACAUGCUGAACACUGAUUGGCAAAUGCACCAUAGGUUCCAAAGGUUUUAUUUUAUUUUUUUAAAGGAGGGGGGGAUGGCCUGUGAAUGUAAAAACUCAAAAGAGGAAUAUAUUUAUUUAGCUUUUAUUUGUUCCUUUGGCUUAGUUAAUUCCAUUAAUAGCAUGUUCUAAUAGCGACUUACCCGCUAGGUUCUGGAUACUUUUGUUUCUAUCAUUAAAUGUAAGACUGUUCUUGCGCAGACCAGCAUCCGAUGCAAUUUUGGGAUGUUCCCACAAUUCCCUUUGUGCAGCAUUUACAUCCAAAACACAAUCUCACCUGGUGAGGAUGGAGAUGUGUCUCCAAAAGAAACUGGAUUCAUUUCACCUACCUUUUUACUGGCUGCGUAUAGGGUGAAUUGAUUAUCACCAUUCUUUUAAUAAAAGGCAAAGUGAGCAUGUGUCUUCUGUUGUGAAGAUUUUGUGAAUUUGUUUAAAUUGUUAAACUCUUUAGAACUUGUUUUACAAAAUCAGUACUCCUGAAAUUAGAUUUGCAAUGAUGGAAGUAUUAUUUGUGGGAAAUGGAAAGCUACAGUUAUGAAAAUAAAAAUGUUGAUUUAUUUAUUUUUUAUUUAGGCAAGGGGCUUGGAAAAAGGGAAAGUGGAAUUUCGGAAGCCAUCAAAGUGAAAGUGAAGUGUGACAAAGCCGGGGUAAGGAGCAGUGUAGCCAUAGGUUCCAAAAUCAUGCCUUACCAGUUUGUGUUCAUGUGGCCUGUAGGCAGACUAGCUUUAACACCUACACACAUUGGGACUAUAGCUGAAUAGUACACUAGUACACGUUGUGGACUACAUAUUCCCUGAUGCUUUGUUAGCAUUAUGGCUGUGAGAGCAUUAUGGGAGAUGUAGUCCACAUCUGGAAUGCCAAAGGUUGCCUACCCCUGUUCUGGAGCAAGAUGAACAUGUGAUCUACCUGGCUGGAUUUUAACAAUGUCCCAUGAUUCACAAAAUGUUUUUUCUUUAUGCUCUACAAUGGAAAUUCUCGUGAAAUCAUGAUGCAAGAGUUUGGGGGUCCCUUCUAUAACGUCUAAUUUAGUAAAAGUAACUUUAUAAAGUAACACACUUCUCCACUGACAUAAUUCUGUUCAUGUUCUAUACCGAUCUAAUCCAUGUGCUUCCUGUCUUUACAUAUGAUUGUGUGUUUAUAGGUGGGUCAUGACUCUGCGGAGCAGUUCACCUUUCACUGGUGGGAUCAUGUUUUUAACAAAACGGCUGCCAGCAUCUCGGUGGAAGCUGACCAUGACCAGGUGAGGAAACAGAGAAAUGGAAUACUGAAUUUGUAUUCUCUUUGAACAGUUUAAAGGAACACUACAUUGAUUUUUAUUAUUAAACAUUUUAGUAAAUAUACACCCAAAGAAAGCAUGCAUGUAUGGUGUUCUGCCUGUUUAUUUUUGAGCGGGUAUAAAAUAAACAGCUUGCAAUAGACCUGUUGUCUGCAGUCUUUGAAAGCCCUCCCCUCGUUCCCCUGCACAGACUCCUUGAGAAACCUCUGCUGGAGCUACGAGCGAGCUUUUUGAUUGAGGCUUUCCAAUGCUUCUCAAUGAGCCGUAGUGCCACUCAUUAAAGGACCGCUAUAGUGCCAGGAAAUCAUACUCGUUUUCCUGGCACUAUAGUGCCCUGAGGGUGCCCCCACCCUCAGGGUCCCCCUCCCGCCCGGCUCUGGAAAGGGGAAAGGGGUUAAAACUUUCCCUUUUCCAGCGCUGGGCGGAGAGCUCUCCUCCUCCUGGGCUGAAUGCGCACGCGCGGCAAGAGCUGCGCGCGCAUUCAGCCCGUCGCAUAGGAAAGCAUUUACAAUGCUUUCCUAUGGACGCCGGCGUGCUCUCACUGUGAAAAUCACAGUGAGAAGCACGCAAGCGCCUCUAGUGGCUGUCAAUGAGACAGCCACUAGAGAAUUAGGAGGAAGGCUUAACCCAUUCAUAAACAUAGCAGUUUCUCUGAAACUGCUAUGUUUAUAAAAAAAAAUGGGUUAACCCUAGAAGGACCUGGCACCCAGACCACUUCAUUAAGCUGAAGUGGUCUGGGUACCUAGAGUAGUCCUUUAAGAAGGGGAGAAGGCAGGCUCACUCUAGGGUGGAGGUAACAAAGUGGAAGAAAGACUCCCCGACUGUCUGACAGCCAGGAAAGUGUUUCUGUCCCCAAUUAUAAAACUGCCGAUUUCUAUUGAAAAAUGACAGACUGCAGACACAUUAAACCACUCUAGCAAUCUGAAGUGCUAUAUAUGUGGGAAGUGUCUGUCUUCCUUUAAAACAAUAUUUCUAAGGAGCUGGUAUUACUUCUAACCAAACUCUGGUAAAUAUAUUUCUGUAUUCCGGGUUAGAGAUGGAUUGUAUUUCCAUCACUUGUUUUAAAACAUUUGGUGACUGUUUCAUCACAGAAAAAACAGGAUACGAAGAAUUAUUUUUUUUAUUUAGUUUUUUUCUUUUUUUAGCGUCUAGUCCUGGAACCCGUCGAUAAAAGUAAUUUAAAGCCUUAUGGAGUUGAUUGUUGUUGCUAGUGUUACUGAUUGCUAUUUUUUUUUUUCUUUUAAUGUUGUAGGGUGGUGUUCAGGUGAAGAAGCUGAAGGAGGAAGAGUCGAUUGUGACAAACAAGAAGCCCCGCAAAGCGUUCGCCAACAGCAACAUGUUAUAUGGUCGUUUUGUCAAGGUGCGUUGGGCACUGCAGUUUGGGCCUGGUGUGGGCCAUACACUGGGUGAUUCUUCAGUGGUCUGAUAUAGCUGGGUUAUUGUAAAGUAAAUGGAAUAUUAAGCCCAUUUCUCAUUUUGUUUUUAGGGAGCUAAAUAAGUUUAUUGGCUGUCUGGUGCCAACAUGCUUUGAGUGCUUGUGUCAGACAACAAUUUUGCACAGAAUUCACAUUAGCUAACGGUGCAGGUUUUCAUAGUGAAACGCUGCACAUACAGUCACCAUGACCACUUCAAAUCACUGGCUGGAGUAAAUCAGGGGUGCCCAAAAGGUAGAUCCCCAGUUGUUGUAGAACUACAACUCCCAUGAUGCUUUGCAUGCCUUUAGAAUGACCAGGCAUCAUGGAAGUUGCAGUUUUAAAACAGAUGGGGACCUACCUUCUGGCCCCCCAUUGGAGUUCACCUCUAAUGGUUUUUGUUGUUGUCUUUUAUUGGCAGUCUGCCACGUUGCUCUCCGGUGGGGAGAAACCCGUAGAAAAAUCAUCCUCUUCAGAAAGCAGCGAUAGUGAAGACGAGGACGAGAAGCUGGAUUUGAGUUCUACUACAAAGUAUGUAACUUGGUCGGAUAGACUGUUUGAUGAUCUUUGCACUUUUGUUUUUCUUUCACGGUUUUGCAUGUUUUUAUUUUUCAGUGUGUUUGGAUGCUUAUUCUGUACAUAUUUAGCUGUGAUCCUCUACAGAUGUCCUGUCCAUUGAUCAUGUAUUAUGUAUGUCUGCUAGUAUUACGCCAUCACAAUGGGACAACUGAUGGAAAAAACAGUAUUCCUUGGACUCUGACACAAGGCAUACCAUCUAAUACUUGCUUUCAGGGACUCUUUUUAGCCCAUAAAGCUCAGAGUGUAUGAGAGGUGUACUUCCUUGCAUAUUAGAGAUAGCAGCCCCAAUUGCAAGAUUUCUUGAGUUACAUGUGUAAUAAAGUUAAGCGGAGGAGCUCCUUCACCCUACGUACUGCUCGGUUGUGCCCCUCACGGACUCCUUUUUUCAGUCCCUCUCCACAAUAAAUGCAUAUUGAAGCAGUCUUGUGAGUGGAAAAUGCUGCAUUUGCAGCUGUGGACAUAUCAACUACUCAAGCCUCUGUUUAAAAAAUUGCUGUACCAGUGUAUGCGUACUCCAGUAUUCUUGCUGUAGUGCCAUACCUGCACAUGAUUUCGUAUGAACAGUACAGCGGGGAAGGGGGAUGGGUAAAGAAAUUUCAUUGUGCACUGGUGAGCCUGGCAUAUUGACAGUGAGAAAUGUAAUAUUUGUCAUAUUCAUGUCCAUCAUAGCAAUGUAUAAUUAUAGAAGGAUUUACCCAGUCUGUUCUCCACCAGCAUACUCUAUCAAUACCAGUAACACAUUCUCAAAUCAUUCAUUAUUGCUUCCUUUUUAUUCUCAUAGAAUGACAGAUGAAGAUUUAAUAAAGGUUUGUGGAGGCCGCACUGCGCACAAGUAAGUUUAUUUCUGGUCAAAGUAAUCCGUUUUAAAAACUGCUCCAUAUUUUACCCUUACUACUACCUAUCAUAUGAAAAAGCUUCAGUUUAAUAAAUCAAGAAAUUUGUUAGCAUUUCUUUAAAGGGAAACUCCAGUGCCAGGAAAACAAUCCGUUUUCCUGGCACUGCAGAUCCCCUAUCCCUCCCACCCCCCAAUCCCCGGUUGCUGAAGGGGUGAAAACCCCUUCAGUAACUUACCAGAGGCAGCACCUCUUCCUCCGCCGCCGCUCCUCCCAGUGAUUGUCCCGCCCACCAGCUGAGACCUAAUUCGCAUUUAUUGCAGUUUAUAAAAAACUGCAAUAAUUACAGUUGCAGGGUUAAGAGUAGUGGGAGUUGGCACCCAGACUACUCCAAUGGGUAGAAGUGGUCUGGGUGCCUGGAGUGUCCCUUUAUCCAUUAGCAUUAAUCAGUGUUGCCAUUUUUCUCUGCUCAUUUUAAGCAGAAGAUUUUCACCUCAUGGAAUUUUACUGGCUUUUAAAAACAUUUUAUGCGCGGAGUUGCUGCCACAUGAUUCCUGAUGAUAUAUUUCCAUUAAAGGGACACUAUAGGUACCAAGACCACGUCCGCUCACUGAAGUAAUCUGGGUACAGCGCCCCUUUUUCAAUGUUUACAUUGCAGCACAAAGCCCGCCCCCAGUGGCUGUCUACUAGACAGCAACUGGAAGUGCUUCCUGGUUGUUAAUGGACCUUUGGUCGCUCUGCACAAGGACAUCUAGCGUCAGCUAUUUCAUAGGAAAACAUUGUGUCAGUUUCCUUAUCCUUGCAAAGUAAAACAUUGCAGCGUUAAGACUGCUUCUGGUGGCUGUCGUCUAGAAAGCCACUAAAGGCACUUCCUGCCCUUUCACAGAUUUUAACUCUGUGAAACGAUGCUGGACAUCAUUACGCUUUGUAUGAGGGUGUCCAGCGUGUUGCAAAUUCCUAUAACAAAGCAUUAUGUGCGCGUCACACACAGCACAGGUCCUUUGGGUUACUCUCAUUGCAGACGUCAGAGAAGGUCCCUUGGCACUGGAAAGAGGUAUGUGUUUAAAGGUUUGAUUUUGAACCCUUACCCUUCCAACAGCAGGGGAUCCCAUCAGGGCACAACUUUAUGGCAGAGGGACACUAGUUUAGGAAUACAGUUUUUUAUUCCGAACGCUACAUUAUAAAGGAUAAUAAUGGUAUCCUUUAGAUUGUAAGCUCACGGGCCAUCUAGCCAAGCACUUUGUAUAAAAGAGCUCCAAUGGCUAGAGAUCAGCUUACAGGCAGGGCUCUCUCUACCUCUUGUAUUUGUCUGUGUAUAUUGUAUGUUUCUCCACUAAUUGUACAGCGCUGCGGAAUCUGUUGGCGCUUUAUAAAUAGCAGUAAUAAAUAGCAACUAAAAGGGUAAAAUAAAGAGUUAAAACAGAAUAGUACUCUGCCUGCAAUAGUGCAGCUGGACAGGGCAUUUUUAUUUUUUGAUAGAAUGUAUUCAAUUUCACACAACUGCUUUUUUGUUAAUUUUUCCUCUCCAGGGGAGCACGGCAUGGUCUGACAAUGAGUGCAAAGCUUUCUCGACUUGAAGAGCAGGAAAGAGCAUUUCUGGAGAAAUAUGGAAGGAAAGGGCAGAAAACCAUAGAGGCACCUGCUGAAGAUAACGCGGGGUCUUCUAAAAAGCGCAAUAAAAAGCAUUCACAGGAGCAAGCAAAUGAUACAAUAAGCAUUUCGAGUGAACCUGCAUUGCCCAAAAAGAAGAAAAGGAAAAAUACAAGGGAACACGGGGGGCUGAAGGGCCAUGAUGAUGAAGUUGAACCAUGUGCUGAUCAGGAUGGUAAUGGUACAAAAAGGAAUGAAAAGCGUAAAAAGUCGCAUCGGAAGGAAUCUCCUUCACCAGAGGAACUGGCAGAACAGGACGAAGAAACAAUGGACUCACAUGUGAAGAGCAAGAAAAAGAAAAAGAAACAAAAAAAAUAUGCAGAAUAA